CAAAAAGCUGUCGAAGAGAGUAAAUAAACAAGAGUUUAAUUUUCAAGAAAUAUCGUUUAUUUACUGCCCUAAGUAACUAAAGAAGUAAAAGUUAUAAUAGGUUAUGGGCCCAGGAACGUUUUGUUCGGUUUAAAGUAAAAGAAAAAAUUAAAUUUUGUUCGAUUAAGAUGGAUUUGCGAAGCACGUCACGAAGCUCUCAGGUGCGACCGAUUGGCCGAUUUGGAAAAGAAAAAUUAGGGACCUGAUAGAUUAUCACGACGGUGCUCUCGACGCGUUGGACGGAAAGAUCGUCAACCCGGAUCCAUUGCCAGAAGGUGCCUCAACAGAAGAUGAAAAGAAGCACAAGGAGAAGAGCGACUUUUUUCGUAAGGCCAACAGCUAUGCAAAAUCCAUGAUUACCACUGCGGUCACGGACUCGGCGUACCAGAAGAUCAUGGACAAGGAGACAGCACACGAUACGUGGAAAGCCCUGAAAAAUCAGUUCGAAGCAACAGCGAAGGACAAGGUAUUCAAGAUAUGCAACGAGUUUUUCGCUUUCUCUUGGAAUCCAGGUAACGAUGUAUCAACCCACAUAGCAAAAUUGCGUAGUCUAUGGAACGAUUUAAAUCAAGCUUUGAAGGCUAAAAGUGAAACUGAGCUGCCAGAUUUAAUACUUGUUUGUAAAACGCUACAUAUUUUGCCAAAAACAUUUGAAACGUUCCGUCAAAGUUGGAUGCUCUUGACAAAAGAAGAAGAAAAGACUUUCGACGAAUUAACUAAUCAAAUUGUCAUGUUUGAGAGAAAUUUUAGAACAAAAGAAAACGACGAAAAGGAAAGCCAGGAGGCUUUUUCUACCACAGCACAAAAGGAGCAUCGUCAGGAUUCAGGAGCAUCUGGUCGGAGAUUCGAUACCUGCCACUAUUGCAAGAAAAAGGGACACUGGAUCAGGAACUGCAUAAAAUGGAAGAAGGAUGGACGUCCGAAGCCGAGCUACCAGAAUGCUGAACAAGGAAAUUGUGCAGAACCAACGUUAACUCUCGUCUCAGUCCACAAUAGCGUGUUUGCAGCAGAGGCAAACUCAGAGGUCGACUGGUGGAUAGACAACGGUGCAACAAAACACGUUGUGAAGACUGCGAAGUAUUUCGAGCAUUUUGAGAAGUUUGAGAAUCCGAGUUGGAUCAGAGCAGCUGGAAAUGAAACCUUGUCAAAUUUGGGCCAGGGCACAAUCAAAGUCAAAACAAUUGUCAAUGUUUUGGCUGCCCAAGACAAUAAUCCAAGUAGUCGUUUAGAGUCGUCAGCAACCAAGUGCACCCUCAAAAUAAACGACAAGAUUGUCCUCAUUGGAGCCAGAGAAGUUGGAGGAACACUCUACAGAGCAGCGAUCGAGCCCAUACUUCCAGAACGAAACGUCGAUGUCAACGUCGCAACUUCAGGAACUUCAAUUAUCCAACUCUAUCACGAGAGGUGGGGAUAUCAGGACAAGAACCACAUCGAGGACAUGCUCAAAAGAGAAAUGGGCAUUCAAGUCUAGCUUGAGAGUAGCUUUUGCGAGCCUUGCAUCCUUGGAAAGGCGAAUCGAUUGCCAUUUGGAACGAGGAAACCAGCGAUGAAGCCAGGGGAACUGAUGUCAGGCGAUGUUUGCGGCCCAUUUGAGGAUUCUUUCCAGAAGAAGAGGUAUCUUGUAGUUUUUAAGGAUGAUUUCACCAGGUUUCGAUACGGGUACAUCGUCAAGCAGAAAUCAGAGGUCAAGGACGUGCUGCGACACAUGGUUUUGUUGCAUUUUCAGUUGAAGCCGUCUGGAAAAUACUGAAACGAACCGAUACGUCAGCAGGUCCC